AUGACUGGGGCUAUUCGGCCAAAGCGCAAAUCCCGAGGACGUGGUCUUCGCACCACAACAGGAUGGCACAACCUCAAUGCGGCCCUUGCGCGAAAGGUCAUCGGCCAUGUGUCUAUGCAUCCAGGGGUUCCCAAUAUGUCAUCCACGGAAAUCUCUCGCAAUAAUUCUCGCCACAUACACCCUCCUCUUCAAGUUCUAGUUGAUGCCUGUGACCAAGAACAACCUUUGGAUCAAUUGAGACCUGCCGGGCUACUGCAGGCUUCUUCUACCUCUUCACCGACAGUGAAAGUCAGUCCCGCCCAGAUACCAUCGACUUGCCCCACCUCUGAGACCGUGAAUGGAUUCGCCCCGUCACCGGGAACAGAAAUCUCGGGAGUUUCAACAAGAGCUGCGCCGCUGAGUUGGUUUGAGCUCCUCGCUCGAGAUGCGGUUAACGCAGACAGCGGGUUCUUACUAUCUCCACCACAACGCUCACCACACACUCCCGAGAAUGGGGAGCAAAGUCCAGAGAAUAGUAGCAACCUGCAGCCUCGUAGCUGGAGAGAACGCCAAAGUUUUCAGGCCGCAGCUUUCCAAAGAGUUCCCGGGAUGGAAGGACGGCUUAACACUACCCACAAAGAAAACCCUUUAUCCGAUGACCCUUCGCCAUGGACUACGUCCUCUCCGAUCCCAUUAUCCGACCUCGAACGACGCAUCUUCAAUCAUUUUGUACAUUUUUCUAGUCAAUGGCUUGAUUUCUAUGAUCCGAUCAACCACUUCUCGACCACCGUGCCACACUUGGCAUUACAGAACCUCGGGUUAAUGAGGGCAUUGCUUGCAUUGACAGCCCGGCACAUAUCCCUUGGGCAUAAAUCUGGUUUCUGGACCAAAGACGCCGCUCUCAGACGUGAUACUGAACAAAUAUUCCAGUCAGAAACUCUAUUUCCUACUGUUGACCGCAACCUGGCCGUGGAAUAUUAUUAUGAAACGUUGCACUACCUGAACAAGGCUAUGCAGCACCCUUCAUAUACUCGGAGCCAUGAAUUAGUCGCCACAGCUCUUUUGAUAAGUGUGUACGAGAUGAUCGAUGGUUCCAACCAAGACUGGGAACGACAUUUGAAAGGUGUAUUUUGGAUUCAACGGUUCCAGGACAAUGACGGAGAGUCUGGUGGGCUGAGACAAGCAGUUUGGUGGGCCUGGAUACGACAAGAUGUUUGGGUUGCAAUGCGCGAACGGCGUCGAGUGUUCAGCUUCUGGCAACCAAAAAGGCCAUUGUCAAUUCUUAUGGCCCCGGAGCUGGCUAUGAGAGCUACAUGGCUUCUCGGGCAAUGUGUUAAUUAUGCGUCUAUGGAAGAACAAGGGACGACGGAUCUGUGUCGUCGUCUAGAGCGAGGAGGGAACUGCUCUCUACCUUCUGAGUAUAAUUUUCUUCCGACCGUUUCCGAAACUCAGAUUUUCCCUCCUAUCUGGGUUCAUCCUCCAAACUAUGCAGCUGCGCUGCAAGUUCACAGCCUGGCUCGAAUUUUGGUGAUUCUUCACCGUCCAUCAUCGGGUAGUCUGCAAGACUAUCGAGCGGCCCAAAAGCUACUUACGCUAUCUGUCAACACUAUUUGUGGCAUUGCACGAUGUGUGGAGCCCGGAGAUAUUGCUGCGAGUGUUGGCUCUUUGCAAUGCAUCUUCGGAGCGGGGAUGUGCGUAUCUAGUCCACAGGAAAGACUGGCCUUGUUAGAUCUUCUGGACUCUCAUCAGCGCCGUGUACACUGGCCUUCGACAUCAUUACGAAAAGAACUUGAGCUAGAAUAUGCUAAAGAUGAAUACUCCGAUUUUGCUGGAGGAGAGUCAUAUCUUUCAUGA